AUGCCUCUCUUGACCUCCUCCUCUUUCUCCUCAGCACCUCCUCCCCCCCCUCACCAUGAGCUAGUCCUUCCUCACAUGCCUCUCUUGACCUCCUCCUCUCUCUCCUCAGCACCUCCUCCCCCCCCUCACCAUGAGCUACACCUCCUCCCCCCUCACCAUGAGCUGCCCUUUCCUCACAUGCCUCUCUUGACCUCCUCCUCUUUCUCCUCAGCACCUCCUCCCCCCCCUCACCAUGAGCUAGUCCUUCCUCACAUGCCUCUCUUGACCUCCUCCUCUCUCUCCUCAGCACCUCCUUCUCCCUCACCAUGA